AUUACUUGCGUGGAGAUUUCCAAAGUUUUAGAAAGUAGUGUUUUUUCGCUUAUCCCUUUUUUUUUGUUUUUAUUUGUUUUAUCCACUGCCAGAGGAGGAGGUCACAGUUGUAUGCCGCAGCUAUAGAUAAGGGAGACCAUGAAGACCAGAGCUUGCAUUACAAGAGAGUACGGUACCAUCUUCCUCUUUCUGGCUGUGGCUGUUGCAAUCUUUGUGCUUCAUAACAUGGAACAUCUGGAGUUUCAGCCUAAAGUGGUGUCCAGCAUCAUCUACCCGAGUUUUCUCACCAAGCCCAACAUGCAUCACAACUUCUGCAGCUUCCAGCCACUGUCCCCUGAGGACGCCGCGGAGGAGCGCCUGCUACUAGACUCCAUUGUGUGGCCUGAAACUCCCCCUUUGCCAGAUCCUCUUGUCGUGGAGCAGACCAGUGAUCCAGCUCACAGCACCUUCACCAUUCUCCCAAGGAGGGGAGGAGGACAGUGGCGUGUAGGGGAUCAGCUGGAGGUUAUGAUUACAGUUUCUGACUUCCAAGGCCGUCCCAAAAAAUUUGGGGGGGACUUUUUAAUCGCCCGGCUCCACAACCUGAAGCUUGGUGCAGGUGUAGCUGGGCAAGUGGUGGAUCAUCUCAAUGGGAGAUACUCUGCUGUGUUCUCUUUACUCUGGGAAGGAGACGCACAGGUUGAGGUGACACUGGUUCACCCUAGUGAGGCUAUCCCAGUGCUGAACAGACUGAACAGAGAAAAUCCUGACAGGAUUCUCUUCAGAAGCGUCUUCCGCUCAGGCUCACUCUCUGAAACCGCCUACUGUAAUGUCUGUCUUCGCGCAACCCAGCCGCUGUGCAACUACACUGACCUCCGUACAGGCGAGCCUUGGUUCUGCUACAAGCCAAAGCAGCUGAGCUGUGAUGCCAGGAUCAGCCACGCCAUGGGAGAAAUCAAAGAAAACCUCAAGGCCAACGAGGAGAAGCUCUUCAGAGGAGGUGUCAACAUGAAAGUCUUAAUCCGGGCUUCGGGACCUGCCAGUGUCACUGUGUUGCCAAAAGAGGAAGGUCUAGAGGUUACGAGGAUCAAUGUGUCAUCUGGACCCUCUGGUUAUUACUACCAAGGUGUGUGGCAAGCACUAGGUGGAACCACAGUCCACCAAUUUGAUGCCUCUGCCACCACUAAGUGUUUGAAAGGCAAGGUGGUCAACAUGAAUGGAGACUCCACAGUCAGGCAGUUUUUUGAAUUCCUCAAUGGCGCACUUCCAGAUCUUAAGGAGUUUGACCUGCACAGCCCAAAGAAAGCUGGGCCUUACAUGUCCUUGGACUAUGUGAACAACAUCUUUGUGAUGUCUCGUUUCCAUGGUCCCCCUAUCCGUAUUGUCCCUGUUUCAACCAGCGAGCUUCAUUACAUUGCCAAUGAACUAGAGCGCAUAAGUGGAGGCACCAACACUGUCGUAAUUUUUGGCAUCUGGGCUCACUUUGGCACAUUCCCCAUGGAGAUCUACAUCCGGAGGCUGCAGAACAUCCGCAGGGCGGUGGUGCGGCUGCUGGCAAGGGCUCCAGACACGGUGGUAAUUAUCCGGACAGGUAAUCCCAAAGAUUUAACACUUACUGUGUCGCUAACAAACAGUGACUGGCACUCGCUGCAGUGUAACAAGGUUCUCAGAGCCAUGUUCAGAGGACUCAAUGUUCAUCUGAUAGAUGCCUGGGAGAUGGUCCUGGCCCACCACCUGCCGCACAACCUCCACCCACCACCUGCUAUUAUUAAAAAUAUGAUUAAUGUUAUCUUGUCCUAUAUAUGUCCUCAGCAAUUCAGCACUUCUGGUUUCCUUGUCUCAAAGGCAUUGGGUUUUUCUAGAUAGGUUUUUGGUUAGACGCUUAAAAUAAGGUUUGUGGUGAAGAGACCUUCACAUAUUAUUCUGCAACAUAAAAUAAACACCCAAACUUGCUGACUUUGAGGCUCUCAGAACCUCAUCACACCGCGUCGCACCAAACACAGCUUUACAGCCUUGUAGCAGUGGUGACGCGACCCUUGUGUAGUUCAUUUUAGCCUAGCAAUAGCUUUUUACUUCUAGGGAUUACAUUUAGGUUUCAAAAAUCCUAAAAGUGGUGUCAAUUUGUGAAGACUAUUUUGCUGAAUAAAAUGUGUGAGUGUCACAAACGUGUGUUUACCACAGAGCAUAUUUUCAGCAAUAAUCCAAAGCCUAAUGGAAAAAUCCCAUAGGCUUUUUGACAGGGGAACCAGGGCAAGGUUAUCUUCUGGGUUAGCCUACAGAAAAACAUUAUCACUGGGGCACUUGAUUGCUAUACUGGACCAACAUUAAAAUCAACCAAUCACGGCCCUGUAACAUAGUGUGCUGCUUCUGCACUUCUUUCUAAAUUCAUUUGUGCUUCUUUAGAGUCCAGCCAAGUUUUAAAACUAGUUAUGCUAUGCCAACAAGUAAGCUAUAAGCUACAAAUUAGCUUUCUGACUACUACUGCUAAGCCAAUAUUUUAGCCUAUUGGCAGGAUAACUCAUCAACAUAGGGUGUGAUCGGAAACCCUCACUCUGAGAGCCGGAUCACACUCUGGCACAAACUGGACUGUUCUUGAAUUUGGAGCGCGGUUUAGUGUUGCCAGAUGUCGUCAGAUGUCUCAUUUGAGCUAAUUUCCUGGCUCCUACGUCUGUGUUGACGCAUCACUUCUCACAGAAUCUCCUCACAGCCAAUCGCGUCAGUCAUCAUGCUGAUGUCAGCUAUGGGCUGCAUCGACUAAGAAACAGUUUCUCUUUGUGGCAGUGAGUAUGGGUAGAUUUGUAGAUGUGUCAGAGAGUCGUUUAAAUAGCUAAUAAGCUAACUCACAAACCCUGCAGUAGUUCGUAAGGGCUUUGGUCAGUGUUACUAAGGAUUUUAAAUUUUAGUAACUUCAAUUUGCAAAACUUAGCUAGCCUAGUUUUGAAGAAGCGCAAAGGAAUUUUGAAAGAAGUGCAAGAGCAGCACACUGAUGAUGUCAGAGGGCAGUGAUUGGUUGAUCAUAAUGUUGGUUAAUGUUGGAUGUUGAUCCAGGAGCAUGUCCUUUUUGGCUGUAUCACAUUGUGUGGGGAGCUGCAGCCCCACACUGUUUUCAGAGUCUGUGAUCUCUGACCAACUCAACAAUGCAGAUGUUCUUCUGUUGUUUUGGUUUUUCUUCAUAUAUACAUAUAUAUAGAUUAUUUUUGGGUAGUUGGGCUUUUUUUAAAAAAAAAACUUUUUUUAUUUAAUUCUAAAUAAUUAAAACAUGAUCUUCCAGAAGUCUACCUCUCUGUCUUUGAUCUUGUACAGCCAAGAUACGGCUAUAUCAUAGCUGCUGUUGCUGUCUUAAUUUUAUUAAUUAAUUAAUGUUUAGAAAAAUUUUUACCUAUACUGUGCCUUCACUGUGAAUCUCCUCAUAUCAUUUGGCUGACAAGAUUAAGCAAAAGUUUUGUUGUUUUAUUUUUUACAAAGCCAACUUGUACAGAAAAUUGUGUUGUCCAGUCAUUUGCAAGGGAAAACUAUCGUCUGCUGUUCUGUCACGCAUUCUUGACUACUUGAAAGGGCACACAUGCUUUUUAAACGAGAGAUGUUGUAUCCCUUGUACUUGUCAAAUAUUUUGCGUUGAAUGUGACAUGGUGCAAUGGUGAAGUCAAGACAGGGAAAAGAUAAAACCGACUGUGAAUGUUCUGAUAAUACUGAACUAGUCAAAUAAAAUGUAAAGCAUGAAA